GGGUUCAACUCACUGAUUCACGAUUACGAAACUACUUCCUCCUCUUCCAUACGGAAAGCCUGGCGUAUGAACACACACACCAUUUCUCAUUUGAUGCGGUUUGAGUUCUCGCUUUUCCCCCUCCGCGUCCCUUCACGCCCCUCUCACGCCCUCUCCCUCUCUUCUCCAACCCUCGACCCCCACCACCUCCUCCGCGAAACCCUCUCCCGACUCCCCACCCAGCCCUCCCUCUCCCACAUCCUCCAAGCCCACGCGCGCCUAGUCGUCCUCGGCCUCGCCUCCUCCCGCGCCGCGGCCGCGCGCCUCCUCCUCGCCGCCGCCGCCGCCGCCGUAGUCGCCGCAGCGCCCGCCGCGCUCGUCUACGCGCGCGCCGUCUUCGCCUCCAUCGACCGCCCCACCGCCUUCGCCGCGAACAACCUCAUCCGGUGCUUCGCACGGAGCCGCACCGCGUCCCGCGAGGCCCUCGCCUUCUACAGCCGCGCGCGGAGGCUCGGCGUCCCCAGCAACAACUACACCUUCCCCUUCCUCCUCCAAGCGUGUAGCGUCGCCCCCGCGCUCCUCCGCGAGGGCGCCCAGGUCCACGCCCACGCGGUGCGGCUCGGGCUCGAUGGGGAUCUGUACGUGAGGAACGCGUUGAUCCACUUCUACGGCUCGUGUGGGGAGAUAACUAGCUCGCGGAGGGUCUUCGAUGAAUGGCCACGAUCGCGUGAUGUGGUGACGUGGAACGCGAUAUUGGCAGGGUACGCGAGGUCGGGCCGCAUGAGCGCUGCGGAGGAGGUGUUCGACGAAAUGCCUCAGAGGGAUGUGAUCUCUUGGAGCACGAUGAUCAUGGGCUAUGUCCAAAACGGUAUCUUGGAGAAGGGGCUGCGGUUAUUUAGGGAGAUGACGAGGAGAGGAUUAAUGGUGAACGAGGCUAUAUUGGUGACGGCCCUCUCGGCUUCAGCGCAGCUGGGUUUGCUCGAGAAUGGCCAAUUCAUUCACGACACUGUAAGGAAGGUCAAUUUCCCCAUAACCAUGGCGCUCGGCACAGCACUGGUCGACAUGUAUGCGAAAUGCGGAUGCAUCGCGAUCUCGCGGCGCUUGUUUGAUGAUUUGCCGCAGAGAGAUGUGUUUGCCUGGAAUGCUAUGAUAUGUGGUUUGGCCAUACAUGGACUUGCAAAGGAGACACUGGAGCUCUUCCAACAGUUCAUCGGCGAAGGGCUUCGACCCACGAAUGUGACAUUUGUGGGGGUUCUAAAUGCAUGUAGCCGUGCCGGAUUAGUCACCGAAGGCCGAAACUUUUUCAAAUCAAUGGUAGAAGAAUACAACAUUGAGCCCGAGGUGGAGCAUUAUGGUUGCAUGGUCGAUCUUUUGGGCCGUGCUGGGUUAGUCCCCGAAGCCCUCGAAUUGAUUGAAGGGAUGAGUACUCCACCCGACCCGGUACUAUGGGGCACCUUGUUGGGAGCAUGCAAGAUGCAUGGAUUGAUAGACUUAGGGGUCACUAUAGGGAACAAACUCAUUGAACUAGAACCGACCCACGACGGCCAUUACGUUCUUCUAGCUAGCAUCUACGCAAGGGGGAGAAAAUGGGAGGAUGUUAGUAAGGUUCGAAGGUUAAUGGUUGAUCGUGGGACGAAUAAGGUCGCAGGUUGGAGCUUGAUAGAGGCCUAUGGUUGUGUGCAUAAAUUUGUGGCAGGGGAUAAAGAACACAAGGACUGCUUUGGAAUCUACAAAAGACUUGAAAUGGUUGAUAGGAGAUUAGCUGAGGCAGGUUAUUCUCCUGAUGUUUCUUCAGUUUUGCAUGAUAUAGGGGAUGAGGAAAAAGUGCAUGUUAUAAAGGAGCAUAGUGAGAGGUUGGCUAUUGCUUUUGGGUUGAUGGUGACUGAGGUAUCAAAGCCCAUAAGAAUUGUGAAAAAUUUGAGGGUGUGUGGGGAUUGUCAUGAGUUUAGUAAGAUGGUUACUAAGGUUUUGGGUAGGGAGAUUAUUGUGAGAGAUGGGAGCAGGUUUCACCAUUUUAUGGAAGGGAAAUGUUCAUGCCUUGAUUAUUGGUAAAGAUUUAUUGGGACCACUGAUCAACUAAGCAAGUUUCUUUAAAUUUCAUUGUUUCUUGUAGCGAAAAAAUUCAAUAAAAUUUGAUAAAUGUAUUGCUUGUGACAUUUGUUGUACAAUUCCUUUGAAUUAUUAUGACAUCACAGAAUUUGUAAA